GCCCGAACUUGACGACAAUGUUGCGGUCAAAUUGAUUGGCAGCUGGAAAGCCACCAGCCUAAAACAUAUCGACUAAAUGCACGCACCAACAGAUGCGGCGAUGCCCGAGCAGGCUCCAGGGACCGAGGCAAAGACGCCUUCGCCGCCACUCCUGGCCGCACUUAAAAAGAUAGGCCAUUUCGCAUCAUCCCAGCUGCUUCUUAUCGCCUUUGGGCUUGCCUGUCUGCUGGCAUAUUAUUUCCCCUACAUCGGCAUCCAGGGCGGCCCCGUCAGAGCCGAGUACACCAUCCUCUAUGGCGCUGUAGCCUUCAUCUUCCUGGUCAGCGGGCUGCAGCUGCCGCUGGAGAAGCUGCUCCUGAACCUGACCAACUGGCGCCUGCACCUCGUCACGCAGGGCGUCAGCUUCGGCCUGAUACCCGCCAUGACCCUCGCCGUCGUCCACAUCACGCUGGCCGCCGGCGCGCUGCGGACGUCGGCCAUCGACAUCUCGGUCAUGGUCGGCAUGGUGGUGGUCAGCUGCAUCCCCACCACGGUGGCGUCCAACGUCGUCUUCACGCGCGUCUCGGGCGGCGACGACGCCGCCGCCAUCGUCGAGGUCGUCCUCGGCAACGUGUUUGGCGCAUUUUUGACCCCGGCCGUGGUCUACGCCUACAUGCCCUCGGCCCCAGACUUUGACCGCUGGAGGCCCGCCUCGCCCUCGACCCUGUCGGCCAUGUACGCCAACGUCGCCAGGCAGCUGGGCCUCAGCGUCCUGCUCCCUCUAGCUGUCAGCCAGUCCCUGCGCCGCUUCUGGCCCCGCCGCGUCUCGUGGGCUCUCGAGAAGCUCUACCUCGGCAAGGCGUCUACCAUCUGUCUUGCACUGCUCGUCUGGACCACCUUUUGCGGCGCCUUUGCCACAGAGGCAUUAUUCACGCUCCCCAAGGCCUCUCUAGUGUUCAAUAUCUUUAUGAACAUUGCACUAUACCUAUUAUUUACCGUCGUUUGCUUCUACAUGGCCCGCCCCCCACGUCUGUUGAUCAGGGGCGUCGAGGCCCUCCUCGACACCAAACCCCUGCGCCGCCUUCCUCCCGGCCUCAAGGCGGUGCUGGUGCCGCAGCGCAUGUCCAAAGAGCGCACUGUCGCCGUUUGCUUCUGCGGGGCGGCCAAGACCACCAGCCUCGGUAUCCCCCUGGUGAGUGCCAUGUGGUCUCACUCGGACAACCUCAUGCGUGCCUUCAUCCAGAUCCCGGUCCUCCUCUACACCAUAGAGCAGGUCUUCAUCGCCCAGAUCCUCGUCUACUUUUUCCGCUGGUACGUCAAGGAGCCUUCCAAAUCGGCCCCAAGCGAUAGCGAGGCACCGGGCAGCGAGACUUCGGAGCCGGGCCACCAACCUAUCUGGGCAACGCUGCCGUCUGCCGACAACUCGGGCGCCGACAAGCGGCCCUAGGAGACUCGGAGCUGUAUAACGCUCGAUCCGGCUUCUACCCCUGAAAUCAAAUCUUCCCCAAAGACCCUCUUCCACUCGCGGUAUAUGCUGUCACGGAUGUGCUCAUGACCAAGCGACCGCUGCGCCGUCCAGCAAGCUGUGUCAGCAAGCAACUCGAAUGCAACGCCGGGCCAGGGUGGGGUGUGGUUAACCAGGCCGACUUACUGGGUGAAAGACCUUGGCGUACGAGGUCGGCACAUACCACCCAGAGUUCCCCUCCUGGAGCGUGGGCGUUAUCAAGACAUGUGCCGGCCGCAGCGUGGGAUCCCUCUUCUUGGCCAUGGCCAUAUAGCACGUCGCGAGCAGGCCCCAGUCGCCAGACUCCCUCGCCGGCCCGAGACAGCUAUCCGGGUCGACGAGCAGGGCACCUUCAGGCGGGGCCCCAUCGUCGGCAUCGCCCGUCGAGUUCCCGCCGUUGUCCGGGCCGCCGACGAGGAAGAACCACGUGUCGCUGCGGCCAUAGUCGGGCUCGGCGACCCCUAGCUCGCAGAAGCGGUGCCCGUCGAAGCCGCCGUCAUAAUCAACAAACAGCGCCUUGGGCCGCGCGGCGCCGGCGAAGCGGCCAUUGACGCGCGCCACGACGGCCCGCAGCUUUGCGUU